AUGACGGGGGAGGCUACGAAGUAUAUUCAAUUAACUGAAUUACCAACGUUAACGGAAUAUAAAUAUGAAGAGACUGAGCCAGCAAUAGAGAAAAUAUUGGCUAAAGCAGUUGCUUUGCAAUUGAAAUCGAUGAAUUGUGAUACCAGUAUUACGAAGUUCGCGUUUGAGCAUUUGAUGUCAUUAGUUGUUGGUCAAAUAGAUGAUAUGGUAUUGGAACUACAUAGGUUAAGUUCUUUGCAAAGGCGUAACACUGUUGCUAAAGCAGAUAUAUCGGUUUGGUUAAGAGGUUUCAAUUUAACUCCAGAAGAUUUGGAAGAGCAGAAUCAAAAGUCUCAAUAUUUAUCAAAAUUGUAUGAUAAAGAUUAUGAAUCUUUAACUAAGAUUGCUACAACUACGACCAGGACCUUAUCGACGUAUCAAAAAUUAGAUUUAACGCAUAAAGAUACGUCUACUGCACAAACUUCGAAACUAGUUCCUAUAUCGAACCCAUUGCAGAAACUUAUACCAAGUUGGUUGCCUGAUUUCCCACCAGAUUAUACUUAUAAAUUUACUCCCCAAUACAAUACACCCAUAACUGAUGAAACUAUUAUAAGGCGGAAGGUGGUCGAAGAAGGUAAGCAGUCGGAGAAGGCAUUGUUGAAUUUAUUAAGAGGUGGACAAGAGGAUCGAAUCAGCAGAGAUUUGAAGUUUUCUUCAUCUGAGAUGGAAUUAGCAACUGAAGAAACAUUGGCAACUUAUAGUGCCAUUACUUUGAGGAAUAAGCACCUGACUUCAUUCUUUGAAAAGGAACCAAUACAAAAUUCUUUGAAUGUUGAAGAAUAUGCACGAACUCGAGUAGAAAUAGAAAGGAAGAAAGUCCUAGGCUAUGAAGAGAGACAAUUACAGAUACAAAGGAACCCAUUUUUAAAGAUAUCACGCUUAAUUUCAGCAAAUAACGAUAAUAAAGUAUCCAAAAGUGUAGCAAAUACAGAAAUACGAAAAUAUUUGAAGAGGUCCUUAUUAAAUUUUAUCCAUAGCAUACCGAAAACACAACAGGAAAGGAAAGAAGCCAGGGAAAGGGCAGAAGAAGAAAAAGAGCGUAGGCUGGCUGAGAUAAAAGCAUUGAAAGAAGAGAAACUAAAAGAAAUGGAAGCAAAAAAAUCAUCAGAUUUCAAUCUCUUGGAUUUAUCCAACUAUCCGAAUGAUUCACACGGUGGAUUUUUCGCUGCAUUAGAAAGUAGUGAUGAAGAAAGAGAAUUGAUUAUACAACCAAGACUAAGUAGUUAUACCAGAAAUAACAGCGGGGUGUCUUCGAAUGAAACCCAAGCUGAUAGCGUUAAAAAUGCAAACGAAAAUGAAAAUGAAAAUGAAAAUGAAGCCAUAAAAGCUGGGAAGGAACUUGAAAAUGACACUACAGACAGUGUGAAAGAUAUACCUACUGAAGAGAAUAAAAUUCACACUGAUGCAAAUACUGCUGCUACAGAAAAAGUUGAAACGAUACAAAAUAAUAAUUCUGACGACGCUAAAACAGCUCAAGACAAUGAGAAAGAAACCGUCGAAAAGACAGAAACAGCUCCGGCUAUUGAGAAUUCCGAACAAACAGUAAAAGAACCUGAAACCACUGAGAGCAAUGGCAUUGGAAGCAGUACAGAUACCACAAAGGACAAAGAGCCAGUAAUUUCAAAUCCAGAAGAACCUCAGGUCAACAGUGAUAUCAACGAACCUACUGCUUCAAGUACAACUGACACUACACUACAGCAAGCGCAAGAACCAGAGAAAGAGGAAGUUGAAGCUGAUAAUGGCCAAUCGAUAGAAAAUGUAGAACCUCUAACGACAGCUGAACCUGGAUCUGAACCCAAACCCAUUCUCGAUUGA